AUGAUUAAUGCCACCUAAGAUUCGAAAUAUGAAAAUUCCUUAGAAAUCAUCCUGAAUGGCUAUAAUAUUUAUAACAAUUAGUCUUCAGUUGCAGCCCUAGGAUUCAAGUAAUCUGCAAAUCUCCAAAUCAUAAAUGAGACAAAUAUUGUUAUAAAUAAUACAUGUGCAGAUGUGAAGUAGGGCACUAAUACAAUAAAUUCAGGAAUGAUGCAAUUUUAAAUAGAAAUAAUUCUUCCUCAGUCUGGUUAAUAAGAGACUCUAAUGUUUUAAUAUUGGUUUAUUUGUUAGUACUAAACAUUUAAUGAUCCAUCAUAAAUAAAAAUCAAUUUUGAUGGAUCAAUGGCAAUAAUUAUUGUUUUUGGAUGUAUUUGCGUCUGGUUCUUAACAAAGAUGGCCAAAAUUAGAUCGUUAAAAAUAGAAAUGGAUCUAUAGAAACAUCCUUUUUUAAAUAGAUUAAUUGCAAUAUAGGCUUUCUAAUUGGAAGGCCAAGUGCUCUACUUCUAGGGGUUCAUAGUGAAUUUGAUAUUGUACCUUUUUUAUAUUGUGGCAUCCGUAAUGUUUUAUGUUGUUGUCCAUUAUAUAAAUGCUUGGUAUGAAACAGUGCUGAUAAUGUGUUUAAUAUUUGCUUUAUUUUGUUGUUGGUUUCUAUUUAAUGAACUCCAAUGCUUUUUAUCAGUAAAUUUAAAAUUGUAAGCUGAAGUGUUUAAAUCAAUAAGGAGAUGCGAUUGCAUCUCGGCGUUUUUAUCCUUUUUUUUUGUAGUCCUUUAUUUGAUACUGAAUCAAGCUUGGUACAUAUCAAAUAUAAUUACAUUUUGCAUAUCUGGAUCCCUGUUUAGAUUAUUUAAGGUCAUCAAUUUAAGAGGAGUCGCUUAUUUGUAUGUUGGCAUCAUAUUAUUUGAUUGCAUCUAUUAUUUCGUGUUUUUGACUAAACUAUUCCAUGUCAAUUAUGAAAUUAUAGUCUUGCAAUACUCUAAUUAUCCAGUGCUUUUUCAGAUUCCAUAAUUUAGAUACAAUUUAAAUAAAGUCUGUGUUUGGCUAUCAUUGAUGGAUCUAGUGGUCCCAGGGAUAUCCAUAUCUUAUUUGUAUAGAUUUGAUAGAAACAGGAAUUCUAGAGUAUACUUUAUAAUUGGAUUGCUUGGCCUCUUUUUGGGAAUAAUGUGUUGGCUAGUAGGAACAUUAACCACUUAAAAUAGUUAAAUCUAACUUCCUCAAUCAAUAUUUGUGUACCCCUUGAUCAUAUUGUUUACAUGUCUUUGGGCAAUCAGAUAAGGUGAUCUAAGAACAAUUUGGUAUGGAGAAUUCUAUGAUAAAUACUUAAUGGACAAUUUUAUAGUUGAAUAUAAUCCUGAAUAAUCCAAAGCUGAGCUUGAAAACUCAGCCUUAAAAUAAGAUCAAAUGACUAUUUUAAUGAAAGGUCUCAAGCUUGAAUCCCAGCUUUGA